CAGUACCCAGAGUACAUAACCAUACUGACGUGAAAUAAAUAUAUCUUGAUUUAAUUUAAAAAAGAAGAAGUAAAUUUUAAUUUUAGUACAAAUAUUAGCUCCAUUUUACAAGUUGCUAUGCACGUAGGUGAUUGUUGGGAGAAAAAUCAAACGCCUUGCGUUCAUAAUGCCAGGCGCAAAAUAUGAACAGCUGUCGCUAAAGAAUGAUGCCGAAGAAGAUGUGUUUACCAGCAAACCAAAAGGAAAAUGGUCAGAUAUAUGUUUACAGAAAGGACUCCUUUCUUUAGGCCUAAUACUGUUAUAUUUCUCCUUGUCUAUUGGGCUCACUUUCUAUCAAAGAUGGCUUUUAAAGGACUUCCACUACCCGUUGACUGUGGUAAUGUACCACUUGGUUGUGAAAUGGAUACUCUCAGUUCUUGUACGAUUGGUCCUGUAUAUAAUAACUGGAACACCCCAAUUGAUGCUGCCAUUUAUGACAUGUCUGAGAUCUGUUGGACCUACUGGUCUCGCUAGCGGUAUAGAUGUGGGAUUCUCCAACUGGGGCCUAGAACUUGUGACCAUAUCUCUUUAUACUAUGACCAAAUCUACUACCAUCAUUUUCAUUCUUGGAUUUGCUAUCCUUUUGGGACUCGAAAAAAAGUCGUGGUCGUUAGUGGGAAUCGUCCUCAUGAUAGCAGCUGGGCUGAUCAUGUUCACAUACAAAGCGACACAGUUCAAUCUACUCGGCUUCGAUUUCCUUCUGCUCGCGUCUUUUGCUGCGGGACUUCGAUGGACAUUCGCCCAACUGCUGAUGCAGAAAUCGAAAUUAGGCCUCCAUAACCCAGUGGAUAUGGUCUUCCAUGUACAACCUUGGAUGUUCCUUUCGUUACUUCCUUUCACGAUAAUGUUUGAAGGAUUCAAGUGUAUUGAUUAUAUACUGACACUUCCACAAGAGGAGUUGAUGCCGACCGUGUUGAAGGUGUCUGUCGGGGCGACGAUAGCUUUCGCCAUGGAGAUAAGCGAGUUCCUAGUCGUUACUUAUACGUCGAGUCUUACGUUGUCCAUUGCUGGUAUAUUUAAGGAAAUGUGUAUUCUAGUCUUGGCUGUGGAGGUUAGCGGCGAUCAACUUAGCCCCAUCAAUGUACUGGGCCUGGCUUUGUGUUUGUUGGGUAUCAUUGGCCACAUAAUCCAUAAGGUUCUCUUCAUAAAGUCUGUCGCCGGUACAGUGCAUGCAAUCGAUUUUGAGGAACAUAUGACCAGACCACGCUUACCAAAGUCUAAGGAAGAACACCACGAGCCACUGUUAGAUGGGCACAAAUGGCAGAACGCUGCUAGCGAAGACAGUGAUUUCGAUUCUAAUGUUGUCCUAUUUGAAGUGUUGCAACGGAGGGAUGGAAGAUAAAGUGUAAACAUAUAGCUCCGAGCACCGUACUUGUUGUUACGUGAUCUCUUUGCUUAGCUGGCUAAAAUACUGUUUUGCAGCAAGAGUGACAAUCACGAAGUAUUUAGUAGUUAAGUAUUUAGAAUUUAUUCUUGUAUACCAUGAUUAGGAUGACGAUAAUAAUCGUGGAAGUAAGGGGUACGUUUGAAAAGCAUUUAUAUCUUUCGCGAUUGCUUAGUGGCUGUAUUUAGCACCCACAAAGCAUAAUUUACUACGCAUAAUAACUUAGGUUAAAUUAUAUUUGUUAUUUAUUUUUUACUGAUUACUAAUGUUGUAAAUUUACUAUUGUGAUGACAGGUAUUGUGCGUACCAAUCUAAAAUUCAUAUAAGAUUGAUAGCUAGAAUUAAUAACAUAUCCUAUCUGUUGAUAGGUUAAUGUUCUUAUUAUUUUGUCUGAAAUUGUAUGGUGAUUGUAUAGUAUACAAUAUGUUAACAACAACGGCAACGGCUAAAAUUAACAAUCUAUCUGCAAUCUGUCGAUAAGUUACUUUAUUUGGUACAAUUUUUGGCACAAAAAAAUAAUAUUGUUGCUAAAUAACUUACCGACAGAUUACAGAUAGAAUUGAUAACGUAUAUUUUGGACGUAAUUUAUCGACAGAUAGAUCGAUUAUUUAUUCAUUUCGGCUGUAAAUGAUCCUAAUCCGAAGGUAAGAAAAAUAAGUACGCAUAAUAUAGGUAAUAAAAAAUAAAUUGCUAAAAUAUCAGCUUUCACUGAAAAAUUGUCAAUAGAGUCAAAUUUAAUUUAAUAACUUAAAUCAGCCCCGAUGUGAGAAAUGUACGGGUCCACGUUUGAGAAACUUGCUCCAUAAUCAGACCUUGGUAACCGUCUGAUUAAGGGCCGAAAUUAUUUUUUAACCCUAUCUGUAACCUGUCGGUGGAUUACUUAGCAACAUUGUUACUUGUCAAAAAUUGUAAGGUCUUUUUUGACAAUUAACUAUGUCCCUUAAGCUCUGGUUUCCUCCAAAAGCGGUGCCAUCAUGUAGCGGCCGUAAUACAGCGGUGAAUGACGUCACUAGAACGUUCUCUAUGUAAACAAUACUGCGCGGUUUCUUAGAUAACGGUAAUUGACACCGUAACGUCAAAAAGCGGUGCCGCCAUUUGCAUGACGGCCGUCUUGUCGGUGCCAAAGUGUCUGUCAACGUUUUUUUCAUAGAGGUAUUUUCAAGCGUAAUAUUAAUUUGCGUGCCAUUUUAAAAUAUUUAUUGUUCAAAAUGAGUUUCAUCAACUGGACCAGCGAGGAUGAUGAAAUUUUAAUUGAUUUUGUGCGGGUUCAUGAUGUGCUAUAUAAUGUAAAACAAAGACUAGACUAUUUUCGUCUUCUGAUGAUUGUUCAUCUUCCAAAUAUACGAGUAACUCUAAAUCAAGUUCGUCCAUUUUCAACCAUUGACACGUACUUUGUGGUCUGUUCACCGUAAUAAUACGGUCAAUGCAGUAUCGAAGAUUCCACAUGUUUACGGCCGUCUUUUUGCGGUCAUCAUAUUGCGUCCGUUUAAAAACGGCACCGCUGUUGGAGGAAACCAGAGCUUAAGUAACUUAUCGACAGACUACGUGUAGAUUAAUUAUAAAUUUCGGCCGUAAGCCAACUAGUCAUCGAUACCAAAUCAAUGAGCCCAUGCGCUCUGCUGGAAAUUGUCGAGGAGUUAGGUACUCCGUAGGCUGACUUGCUUGCAUUAGAAGGUCGAGGUUACCAUAUUAUUGCAGUGCAGUGCAGAUUGGACAAGCGAAACUAACACAUCAAUCAUAUGAUUGAGAUAUAUAUGCCUACACCGGUUGAGAGAAAAGACUGAUAAUUAUCAAACGGCUGAACCGAUUUUCAAUAAAUACGCCUUCGAGUAAAACACCGCAUAUUUAUUGGCCCUUUUGAAUGUGCGCUACGAUAGACGAUAAAGCGUUCACAUAACAGCUCUUUUUUUGCAUCGGGUGUUAAAAAUGGAGUAUAUUUGCAGCAAAAUAAAUUGCUUUACGCUUAGCAAAGAUAAAUAUAUACUACUUUAUCAGUUUAACAGUUAAAAUUUCUUAUUUAUAGCUUAUUUUUAUUUUAUCAAAAACUCUAGGUUUCUUUUUUCAAUAUACUUUAGUUAUGUUAAUGUGCAAUAUAUAAGUAUAAUAAUGACAUAAUAAAAUUACCGCAUAAGAUUUUGCAAGAUUGUUUUUCAUUUCAUACUAAAUGUUACGUUGUACUUAUUAGUAGGUAUAUUUAAUUUAAGGGGCAUGAGACCGGAAAUUAAUUAAAGUAUCGACUAAUUUGUGAGAA